AUGAACAGUAGUUCGCUGGCUACCAAUUUUGCGAACGAUUCUUUAUAUCUUCCUCAAUCAAACACUAAUCAUGAAAUUCCUGAUAUAGUGUCGGCUGUAAUAUUGAUAUUUGCCAUUUUUUUAAAUACACUUGGAAUAUUCUUAAUGCAUCAGCCAUGCGACAAUCAUCCACCAUCCAACCAAACAAUAAUCGUAACAUCGAUGAGUAUAACCGAGAUAAUGAUACCCAUUAUGGAAGAAGUUUACUUGAUUGGUGAAUUGUCAGGCUUUGAUGAAGAUUCUAAAUUUCUAUCGUACUGUGACGUCACUAUCGCUGGUCUGUUCCUUGUUUAUUAUAUGGUCUUGUUUUUAUUGACUCUAAAUCGACUAAUGGCAUGUGUUUUUAUUUUUAAUUACCGCAAGGUCGUCAGCAAAAGAAGACUAAUAUUAGCAUUGCUAGUAAUUUGGGUGUCAGGCGUAAUAAUUGCUCUACCCUUUUACUUUAUUGAUUAUAAAAUUUUCCUAACUGUAUGGUACAAGUUUAUCUACCUAAUCUUGGACGCUGUGAUCUUGGUAACCGCUAUACUCACAUAUACAUACGUUUUCAGAACGACCAAGGCUAAAGAAGAAAGAAGGACUUCAAAUCAAUCCAACACAAGCAAUCAACUCAUUCUAAUUUCCUUCUUAAUUAUUUUGACGUUUGUUUUAUUCGUGAUUGCUCCUGACGUAUUUUACGCUUACAGAUUCGAAAUAACGGAGGAAGGUGGUAUAUUGGAAGAGAAAGUUGUAAUGAUAUGCUGGCAGAUAAAUUAUAUCUUGGAUCCGUUGAUAUAUAUAUUCUUUCAAAAGGAUUUGCGCAGGAAACUGUACCGUAAAUUGAUACGUUUAACAUCUAUCCGCCGGAAAUUCACAGUACAAACUGACGGCAGCAAAACGCCUACACGGAAAUUUAUCAGUUCAAAUAUUAAUAGAGUUUAUAUUACAGAUAUUUAA